CUCAGUCAGUGUUGGCGGGAGCUGAGCGAUCAGUGCGCGCUUUGCUGUCCGGCCUGGGCUAGCUCUGGUGUAGGGGCUUGCGGGCAGCGCUCCCCGCUUCGAGCCGAGCCGGUAGGAUGCGGGUGGCUGUGGCCGGCUGCUGCCACGGCGAGCUGGACAAGAUCUAUGAGACGCUUGCGCUGGCGGAGAGGCGCGGCCCCGGGCCGAUAGAUCUUCUGCUGUGUUGCGGCGACUUCCAGGCGGUGCGCAACGAGGCCGACUUGCGUUGCAUGGCCGUCCCGCCCAAGUACCGCCACAUGCAGACCUUCUACAGGUAUUACUCUGGAGAGAAAAAGGCCCCAGUUCUCACAAUCUUCAUUGGGGGAAACCAUGAAGCCUCAAAUCAUUUGCAAGAGUUACCCUAUGGUGGCUGGGUGGCGCCAAACAUUUAUUAUUUAGGUUUGGCUGGGGUAGUAAAAUACCGAGGCAUAAGGAUUGGUGGCAUCUCUGGUAUCUUUAAAUCUCAUGACUAUCGAAAAGGUCAUUUUGAGUGUCCCCCUUAUAAUCCAGCUACAAUAAGGAGUAUAUAUCAUGUGAGAAAUAUUGAAGUCUAUAAAUUAAAACAGCUGAAGCAGCCUAUGGACAUAUUCUUAUCUCACGAUUGGCCAAGAAAGAUCUAUCAUUAUGGAAAUAAGCAGCAGCUUCUUAAGACAAAAUCUUUUUUCCGACAAGAAGUGGAGAAUAACACAUUGGGAAGUCCUGCUGCCUCAGAGCUCUUAGAGCACUUCAAGCCCACGUACUGGUUUUCCGCACACCUUCAUGUGAAGUUUGCAGCCUUGAUGCAGCAUCAGGCCAAGGAUAAAGGACAGACAGCCAAAGCAACCAAAUUUUUAGCCUUGGACAAAUGCUUACCACAUAGAGACUUUCUUCAGGUAAUAGAAAUAGAACAUGACCCCAGUGCUCCUGAGUACUUAGAGUAUGAUAUUGAAUGGCUCACUGUUCUCAGGGCUACUGAUGAUCUUAUUAAUGUGACUGAGCGCCUCUGGAAUAUGCCUGAAAAUAAUGGCCUGCAUACAAGGUGGGAUUAUAGUGCAACAGAAGAAGCUAUGAACAAAGUAUUGGAAAUACUGAAUCAUGACCUCAAAGUUCCAUGUAACUUUAGCAUAACAGCUGCUUGUUAUGACCCUAGCAGGCCACAGACACAAAUGCAGUUGGUUCAUAGGAUCAAUCCUCAAACUACUGAAUUUUGUGCCCAACUUGGCAUCACUGACAUGAAUGUCAGGCUUCAGAAGGCCAAGGAAGAACAUCACUUGUGUGGUGAAUUUGAAGAGCAGGAUGACAUGGAGAGUAAUGACUCUGGAGAAGACCGUAGUGAAUAUAACACAGAUACAUCUGCCCUGUCCUCUAUUAAUCCAGAUGAAAUAAUGUUAGAUGAAGAAGAGGAAGAUGAAGAUAGUAUUGUAAGUACACAUAGUGACAUGAAUACACCAUCUGUAGAACCUUCUUCUGAUCAAGCAUCUGACUUCUCUGCAAGCUUCUCUGAUGUCCGGAUCUUGCCGGGUUCCAUGGUUGUAUCUUCUGAUGAUACAUUGGGUUCCCCAGAUGGCAGAGAGGGGAAACUUGGUGAGGCUCUGGAGUCAGGGGAUGGAAAUGACUUAGAGUUGCCAUUGAAGAGGCUGAGUGAUGAACAUGAACCUGAACAAAGAAAGAAAAUUAAGAGGAGGAAUCAAGCCAUCUAUGCUGCAGUGGAUGAUGAUGAUGUAGCAUAAGACAAUUUACUUUCUUAGUGUUAUAUGUAGAUAUGUGAUUUUUGAGACCAUAUUUUUAGAGUUGGAUUUUUGACUCAAGAUUUAACUUUGUAAUAAUGAAGUUACUUCAGAGAAUUUUAGUUAGGUAUUAACUUUGUCUUUAGUCCUUUGUAUAUUUCAGAUAAAAAUAUUAAAAUUUCAUAUAUUUACUUGA